AGUCAAUAUCCCGUUGGACAAUUGGGGUCGUGACGUGGUGUUUGGGUGUAAAACUGUAUCUUGAAAUCGAUUAAGUUCUCGCUGACUACAUUGGAUUAGGUGUCUGGGAAGGGAGCUGUAUAUGGUUACAGGUUUUAGUUUAUGUUAAAAAGCAGGUUUCUUAAGUUCUUUUGACUGGAAUCAAACUAUUUGCUGCUGGUUAUUCUGAUCACCAGAGCUGUGUGAUCGUACCCGCUGUGACCAGAACAGAUCUAGCGGCAGUAUGAAGCUCUACAGCCUCAGCAUCCUCUACAAAGGCGCGACCAAAGCCAACCUCCUCAAAGCGGCCUACGACUUGUCCUCCUUCAGCUUCUUUCAGCGCUCCAGUGUUCAGGAGUUCAUGACCUUCACAAGUGCCUUGAUUGUUGAACGAACAACUCAAGGAAGCCGUGCCUCUGUAAAAGAACAAGAGUACCUGUGCCAUGUGUAUGUGAGAAAUGAUAACCUGGGUGCUGUGGUCAUCGCAGAUACUGAAUACCCACAGAGAGUCUGUUUCACAUUGCUGGACAAGGUAUUAGAGGACUUCUCCAAGCAAGUGGAUAGUAUAGACUGGCCUUCUGGCAGUCCUGAAACCAUAAACUAUAAAGCCCUGGAUAUUCACCUUGCUAAAUACCAGAACCCCAGGGAAGCAGAUGCAAUGACCAAAGUGCAGGCAGAGCUGGAUGAGACAAAGAUCAUUUUGCAUAACACCAUGGAGAGUUUGUUGGAGAGAGGAGAGAAACUGGAUGAUCUUGUGGCAAAGUCAGAGCAUCUGGGAAACCAGUCCAAAGCCUUCUACAAGACUGCACGAAAACAGAACUCAUGCUGUGAAAUCAUGUGAUGUCACUGCCUCGUCCUCAUGGACACGCCUCUCUCUGCCUUUUUGCUUUUCCUACAACUCCCAUCACACACCACCUGCCAGCUCUCAACACAAAGGAUAGAUUGGAAGCAGUCUAAUCUGGGAUGAGGUGCCAGAAGGCAAGCAAGAAAGGGUGGAGGGUGGCGGCCAGACCCGAGUGUGACCUGGCUGAUGGGGGCUGAAGGAGUGAUGGGUUUAGUUAGGAGAAGAAGUAACAUUUGAAUUGCUUUUAACCUUUCAAAGGGUGAACAUCUGUGGUGUUUCAGUACCAGCUGAGGACGUAUUAGUGUGACAUUGCGCAUUGGUGACGUGUUGUCUUCAACCCAUUUAAUGUUACUGAGAUUGAAUUGGAUCUUAACAAUUUGAUCUCAGCUCUUACGGUUUUUGAGAGAGUAUUAACCACAGUUGUGCUUCUGCUUCAAGUAACUCUGACAAUCUCACAGUCUUAUUUUAGGAAUUCAUAGUAUGUCACUCUUUUGGUUCACUCUUUCAAUAUUUGGUUUUUCAUGCAGGCAUAACAUUUUAUGCCCACCAGGUGGCCAUGGUUAUUUGCUGUAUUGUUCCAGUGAGCCUCAUUGCUGAGGUCAGUCUGAAAACUCUAAAUGAGCCAAGACAACAGAUGGUUUGCUUGGACCGCUAAUAGCAAAAUAAUUUUACAGUGAUGUUUUUUGUUGUUGUUGUUUUUUUUUAAAUAGAAGUGACAACACCUAUUUGCUUUUCUUUGUUGUCAUAUCAGUAAAUGAAUUAAACAUUCCCACCUUUGAAGAUUAUGUUGUUCAUGCAUCUUAAAGCUACAAUGUGGCUAACAUACAGUUUUAAGAUUUGUGUUGUCCAUCACUCUGCUAGUCAAUACACCUUGCACUUAAGCAAGCUUGUAGAGUUCAGACAUUUGCAUUUCAGGGUUUGUCUGUACCUCUCAAACCUGGGAUCACUGAUACUCUACCAUCAUUUCUUGUGACUGAGGUGAUUCUGGGGAACCUCGUGCUGCUGCUGCACUCUCUGGCCUCAUUGUGUGCUAGUCAGGUUUUUCCCAAAAUAGAUCAUGUUUGUAAAGAGAGAUUUGUUGUGAAUGGUUUCUCGUCCCACUCUACUUUUAAGACACUCCACAGCUGACUUUUUUCCACUAUGAGUUUAGGUCUGAUUCUGUAUAAAUGUCUUUCUUCAUGUUAACGCUGAUCAGUUUACUUUGGUUGCAUAUUUAGAUGUGUAUCUGCUCUCUUUCUGGUGUGUGUGUGUGUGUGUGUGUGUGUAUAUGAUGUGCUGAUAUACACCAUCCGGGUGUGUGUGAGUGAGUGAGAUCUGUAUUUGCUCUUUCUGCUUUUACAGUGUAAACUUCAGUGCAAUAUCUCUGCAGACUGUCUCUCCUUAAGGUAGAGUACAUGGCAUUAUUAAUCUCAAAAGCAGUAAAUUGACCAUGUGUGUAUGCUGUUCUUCUGACAAACCCCCAUAUGAAGCUUGCCCAGAGUGGUUUCUGAGCAUUUGCAAUUGAUGUGCUGAAUUUGAACAUCUGUCAAAUUUGUGGAGUUGUGCUGUAACUAACUGCAGGUCAGAUCCUACUGGCUACUGUAUUGAACAGUCUGCAUUAAACGUUUUCAU